CGCUCGGGGCUCCCCCUGGCCCCGAGGAGGCCGCUCGAUUGGCCGGGCCUCCCCCGCGCGGUGCCUGCCGGGCGUUGGGGAAGAUGGCGGCCCCCGUUGCCAACUCAGGCCCCGGCCCCGCUCCCGGCUCCGGCGUGGGGCGGCUGCAGGAGGAGGCGCUGCGGCGGAGGGAGCGGCUCAAGGCCUUGCGGAGCCGGACAGGGGCGCCCAAGAAUAAGGACAAUGGUGAACCUGAGAAUAAGCAGUUUAGAGACGAUGACGAAGAGGAUGCCGCCAAACACAAGGAGCUCAAGCUGCGAAAUUAUGUUCCUGAGGAUGAAGAUCUCAAGAAAAGGAAGGUGCCUCAGGCCAAGCCGGCCUCAGUGGAAGAUAAGGUGAAAGACCAACUAGAAGCCGCGAAGCCAGAGCCUAUCAUUGAAGAAGUGGAUUUGGCAAACCUCGCCCCCAGAAAGCCAGACUGGGAUUUAAAACGAGACGUAGCCAAGAAACUGGAAAAACUGGAGAAGAGAACGCAAAGGGCAAUCGCUGAAUUGAUAAGAGAGCGAUUGAGAGGCCAAGAGGAAGAACUGGCAUCAGCUGUGGGAUCAGCAAAGCAGGAAGGAAGUGAUUCUGAUUAAGGAGUACAGCUGAGCCCAUGACAUAUACAAGAGGGGCUGGUGAGCUGCCCUCACUUAAACAGAGGAGGGGUGGAGCCUCCCGCUGCAUGGAGACUUUGCUGAGGGCAAGAAGAAACCAAUGACUGUACAAAAGAAUCCCGAAAUGGCUUUGCAGCUGGAGAGCUUUCUGCAUGGUCACUGAAAACGGCCUCGCCUGCAUUCUAGCAGACAGAUUCAUGUACGAUUCAUAUUGUUCCCUUUUGCUUUUAGAUCCCCCCCCCACAUACAGGAGCUGGUGCUGUAUCAGUGGGGUUUGUUACGGAUAAAACUGGGCUGCAGCCUGUAUUUUUUUUCAUAAUAAAAUGAUCCGGCAACGGUGCAAAAUGUC